AUGUCAACUCCUCCUGGUGGUCAAAGAACUGUAGCUAAAAGAGCUAAGGCUCAAGCUUCUAAGGGCAAAGCUGAUGCUAAACAACCAGAAAACCAACAAGGUGGCAACUCCAUAUUGAAAAUUUAUUCAGAUGAGGCUAAUGGUUUAAGAGUUGAUCCAUUGGUUAUUAUAUUUCUAGCAGUUGGUUUCAUCUUCUCUGUUGUCGCCUUGCAUAUUAUUGCUAAAUUUACAAGCAAGAUCUUUUAA